AUGCUACGUGGCGUGAUGCCGGCGACAUUUGCCGAGUUUAAAUCGUAUUCGGACGAUUUUAAAGGAAGCUUCAGCGGAGCACAUCGACAUUUAGAUCAUACACUAUACAGCUCAAUGCCAGCCAACUACUCCGAGUUUAUGAGCUAUCCUGCCGCCAGGGAGGGGGAGGAGAAGGAGGAAGAGAGGGGAUUGGAGGGUAAAACUGAAUCACUCUGGAGGAAACAUUUCUCUCCAUUUUUCUCCGAAAGUUUACUGCCGUUGAAGUCACUUGGUUUCAACGAGAAUGGAGAGGCUAUUACAUAUGAGGUUGAUACCAGUCAAUUUAAACCGAAGGACAUUAAGAUCAGACUAAACAAUUGCGAGGUUAGAAUAGAGGCCGUUAAUGAUAUGUCUAAAGACAAAGAUGGGAUAUCCAAGUCCUACAAAAAGAUGAUUGAAUGUAUCCUAGUUCCGAGGUGGACAAAAUCAACAGAUAUUAGUGUUGUACUAUCAGAAGAUGGCAAGCUGGCCAUUUCAAUUAAGCGAGCGCUGCCAGUUCAAAUUCCGAUAAGAGGGGGAAAUAAUUUUUAA